AUGCCAGCCAAUACUAGCAAGGUAAAUGAGCUGCGACGCCGCUAUUUUUGCAGGCGGUUUCUCCUGAUUCCUCCUACAGGUGUCAUGCGCGGACGACAAAAAAACAUUCCAACUACCGAACUCUGUAACUCUUCCUGGCACACCGAGCGUCGCUUCUCAUCUCUCCUUUCCUCCCCCAAUGCAACGACAAUCCGAUCUUCUCAUGUGUACAACAUCAAGAACGAAGAGCAAUGCAAACACCAUCCUGCUUAUGACUUACGACCAUUUGAUGCCUUCCAAGAAAUUCUUCUCAUCAUCAAGGAGUUCAAACAAAUGGCCUUCAUCGAAGAACACGGGGACAGAGUUGGAGUUGACGCCCCCGAGCACGAACAUGGGAAGAAGCGGCUCAGCCACAGAUACUUACAGUAG